CUUUAAGCAGAUUGAAUAGCCAGUAUCGAGACUCACUAUGCUAAUAUGAGACUGGCAUGGGAUGAGAGCUAUGCUGUUAGAAUUAGCAUUCAGUCAUGUUAUACAUGACAUACUGAAGUAUGAGGUUUCACUCCUGCAUGGAUGAAUACUGAGACCACACCAUUGCUCAAUUUUUCUAAACGAGAAGCCGGAAUGGCUGUUUUUUCGCAUGUACGUCAGCGAUCUUCUGGCUCCUUUGAUGUGAAUGUGUAUUCUCCCUCUCAUGGCACCUCUCGAGCCCCUCUUAUUGCUGUGGACCCGAGUCACCUAACAAAGCGUCAUAUUGCCAUUGUGGGAGUGGUGUUGCUGGUGAGCUUCACAGCUAUUGGCUUGGGUUUGGGUUUUGGAAUUCCUGCACUUCGGUCAAAGUCUGUCAUCCUGCCACAUCAUGACCCCCCCUCCAAGGAUAUCGAUGAGGGCAUUUAUGUGCCUGCAUACAACUUGGGAAAUCCCAUGGGCAGAUAUAAGAAUGCUGCCGUCUGUGCUGAUGCUACCCCAUGUGCAACAAUUGGCAAAGAGAUACUGCAGAAGAAUGGAUCAGCUGUUGAUGCUGCAAUAGCUGCUAUGCUCUGUGAUGGUGUUGUUAAUGCUCACAGCAUGGGUAUAGGAGGGGGCUUUGUGAUGACAAUCUACCAUCGGGCGAACAAGACAGCAGAAACUUUGAUAUCAAGAGAAAAAGCUCCAGCCCUGGCUAAUGAGACCAUGUUUGAAGGCAACUCCAGCCUUUCUCAAAAAGGUGGACUUUCUGUGGGUGUACCUGGAGAGAUUCGUGGCUAUUGGGAGGCAUGGACUAAAUAUGGAAAACUAAACUGGACUGAACUGCUCCAACCAACCAUUGACCUUUGUAAAAAUGGUAUCACGGUGGUGAGAGCUUUGGCAAAGGCCCUCCAGAGCUAUGAAACUCAAAUCCUGGAAGAACCAAGCAUGAAAGAAGUUUUUGUCAACCCAGAGACUGGCAAAGUAUGGAAAGAGGGAGAAAUAAUGAAAAGACCACAGCUAGCCUUGACAUUGGAACGUAUUGCUGUGGAAGGACCUAAUGCUUUCUAUAAUUCCAAUUUGACUGAUGCAAUGGCUGAAGAGAUCCGGAGUCAUGGUGGUGUUAUUACUAAAGAAGAUUUCAGCAAUUAUACGGCAAAAUGGACUGAGCCAAUCAAGGUGGCACUGAAUGGAGGGAUGACAUUGUACUCAGUGCCCCCUCCAGCAUCUGGUGCAAUCCUAGCAUUCAUUUUGAAUAUCCUAGACACCUUCAAUGUGAGCACAAGCCAUGAAAGCAUGACUUACCCAGAGCAAAUCACUCUUUACCACAGAAUGGUAGAAGCAUUCAAGUGGGCAUAUGCACGUCGAACAGAGCUUGGAGAUCCUGACUUCGCAAAUAUGACUGAGUUGGUGAGGAAUUUGACAAGUGAGACCUAUGCAAUGGACAUUGCUCAGCAGAUUAAUGACAAUCAAACUUACAAUGAUCCAGAACAUUAUGGUGCUGAAGUUUGGAGCCCAGAGGAUAGUGGUACUGCCCAUGUGUCUGUUGUGGCUCCCAAUGGAGAUGCUGUUGCCAUCACCUCUACUAUCAAUCUAUAUUUUGGAGCAGGCUUUCGGUCAAAUGCUACUGGUGUGAUCUUCAAUGAUGAAAUGGAUGAUUUUUCUUCCCCAAACCUCACCAACUACUUUGGGAUGCCACCAUCCCCAAACAACUUCAUAGUUCCUGGGAAACGCCCUGUAUCAUCCAUGUGCCCAACUAUCAUCACUGACUCAGCAGGAAACCCACGUCUUGUUGUAGGAGCUGCAGGUGGCACUAGAAUCACCUCAGCUGUUGCUUAUGUCAUCAUUCGAAACCUUUGGUUUGGGGAGGACAUCAAAAUGGCAACAGAUGCUUAUCGCAUCCAUCAUCAACUUUUCCCUAUGACUCUCAGUUAUGAACAAGGCUUCCCACCGGGCAUAAUCGUGGGCUUGGAAGGACUUGGUCACAAAACAAAGGAUAUGGGUCCUAAUGGAUUUGGAGCAGCAAAUUGCAACAUCGCCUUCAACACCUCUUAUGCUGAAUACAAUGCUGUGAUCGGGAACGACCUGCGGGACUGGAAGGGGCAUAACGUGACGGAGAGCGAGUCCUCGGCCGUCGUCGUCUCCAUCCUGAAGGACGCACCGGAAGGAGACUACUUGAGCGUGUUCGACUGGAGGAAAAUCGGAGAGACCGCCGGCUAUUGAUCCUCUCCCAUUUGUGAACAAUUUCAACAAUGAACACAACUAUUCCUUC